AUGGUUUGAUCUAUUUAAUAAGGCCAACUUUGAGUUUGGUCAAAGGCCAUGAGAUGUAAACAGGGCAAGCGCUAAUCCCAACCCUAACCCUGGUUCAAGACCUAAUGCUUACUAUAACCAACAAACUCGCGAACAAUCACGAGCCCUAACCUUAUUUACAUCUCAACGACCUUGAUGAAAAUUGAGCUGACUUUAACAAAUCGAUUUAGCCAUUAUCAAGGUCAUGCUGGGGUCACUUCCGUUAAUGGCGGCCCCCUUACAAGCAUGGCGAACUCCAAACGAAGUAUAGGUGAUAUGGAUGUUGAUGAAUUUAUGAAAUCUGGUUUUGACUCCAGUGAUGAUUCUUCCUCAGAAGCUGAAAUGAAAAUGUCUGCCAAGAAGUCAAAUAUAAAGCCUGUGAAGAAGUUAACUAAGAUUAAGCUAAAACAAAAUAAAGUUGGAUCAACAGAAAAAAGUCCAAAAGAAAUGAGCAAUAAGAAAGCGAAAACAGCUGCCAAAUCAAGUGAUACAAAGAACUUGAAGCCUAAGAAGAAAACAUUAGAUAGAUUGAAAGAACAAGAUCCUGAAUUUUUUCAAUUUCUACAAAAUGAGGAUAAAGAAUUACUGGAAGAUUUUGAAUCUGGUGAUUCAGAUGAUGAAGAUGAGGAUGAUAAUGUUGAUGCUAAGGAUGCCGAAGAUUCUGAUGAAUCAGAAGAUGAAAGACUGAAAAAGUUUGAACAAGAUAUAUUGGCUCAAUCUGAUGAUGAUUCAAGAGAUUCAGAUGAAGAACCAUAUCACAAACCACCAUCUAAACUAGAAGUAGCUAGUGAUGAAAGUGGUGAGUCUGGUGAUGAAGUUGAUAAACCAACUGAUGGAAGUAGUAGUGAUUAUACAGGAAAAUUAGUUACUCUAAAAAUGAUCAAGCAAUGGAAUGAAGAUAUUCAGAAACAAGCUACUAUUAAUGGAUUUAGAAAUAUGGUUCAAGCUUUUAAAGCUGCUGUCCGGUCAACAAGUAAUUCAGAUGAAGUAACACAAUAUCAUGUUGAGGGUGGUUUAGUUUUUAAUGGUAUUGUCCGGAUGUGUUUAUUAGAAAUUGUUCCUGCUCUACAGCAAUUAUUAAAUAUUUCUGAACUCCAAUCACUUACUCAAGUUCCAUCUCUUAGUAAGGGUAAAAACUGGACAAAGUUAAAAGCCUCAGUAAAAUCAUAUCUGGUGGAUUUAUUCAAGCUAAUAUCUUCUAUAGCGGAACCAGCAAUGAUAAACGUUAUACUGAAACAUCUCCACAAGAUGGUACCAAUCUGUUCUGUGUUUAUUAGGCUGUCUAGAAAACUAGUUAAGAAAUGUACAGAGAUUUGGUCAACAGGAGAAGAGACAUCCCGUGUUUUAGCUUUCUUGUGUAUAAAUAAAAUGAUUGGUUUGUUACCAGAUGCUCUCUUAGAAACCACUAUAAAGCAAAUGUAUAUGGCGUUUGUAAAGAAUUGUAAAUUUACCUCCCCAACAACAAUGCCUUUGAUAAACUUCAUGCAGCGCUCUCUGGUGGAGAUAUUUUUAAUAGAUUCAGUAUUGGCUUAUCAAUAUGCCUUUAUCUACAUACGUCAAUUAGCUAUACAUUUAAGAAACGCUAUUACUGUUAAAAAGAAGGAAACAGUUCAAGCUGUUUAUAAUUGGCAGUUUAUACAUUGUUUAGGUUUAUGGGUAAAAUUAUUAGGUACAGCUCACCCUAGUGAUGUAUUACAACCCUUAAUAUAUCCUCUGACGCAAACAAUUAUUGGAACAGCCAAGCUUCAACCCACUUCCAAGUUUUACCCAUUACGAUUUCACUGUGUACGAGCCCUGACGUUAUUAUCUGACACCACUAACACAUAUAUACCUGUUUUACCGUUCUUAUUAGAGAUAUUUGAACAAGUGGAUUUUAACAAGAAACACAAGACUCAGAGUUUUAAGCCGCUGAAUUUUGCAUGUGUAUUAAAGCUAUCCAAAGCCCAGACAGAAGAGAAGGCAUUCAAAGAUGGGUUAAUAGAUCAGUUGUAUGAAUUAUUGAUGGAUCAUAUAAAAUGUCACUCCCAUUCUAUCGGGUUUCCUGAGUUAGUUCUACCAGCUGUUUUACAGUUGAAAUCAUUUUUAAAGAAAUGUAAAAUAGCCAAUUACUGUAAACAGAUCAAACAGAUACUGGAUAAAAUUGAUGAAAAUUCUAAAUUUAUCACACAGAAGAGAAAAAAUGUCAAUUUCACAUUGGCAGACGACAAUGGAGUUGAUGUCUGGGAGAGAAAAUGUAGAGAAGAAGGAACUCCAGUUAGUAAAUUUUAUGCAUCUUGGAGAGUUUUACGCGAUAAAGAAUUACAACAUGAAAUAUCUGGUAAAGAUAGGUUGGCAGAUGUUACUGAAUUACCCAAAAUAAAUCGACCAAAGGGGCCUGUUAAACCUACUGAUAAAGAAAAAGAAGAAUUUUCGGCUUUGUUUGAUGGUGAUGAUGAUGAUUCAGAAGAUGAUGAAUCUAGAUUUAAAGUAGAUAAAAAGAUGACAAAAAAGAAAGUCAAAGCAAGGGAAGAUUCAGAAGAAGAUGAGGAAUUCGAUAAUUUAAGUGAUUAUGACAGUGAUGAAUUAGAACAAUUGGCUCAAUCAGCUAGUGAUGAUGAUGAUGAGGAUGAGGAAGAUGAUGAGGAAGAUGAUGAUGAUGAUGAUGAUGAUGGUGAUAGUGGCGAAGAAGUCAGUGUUCAGAAAAAAACUAUUCGUAAACCAACUAUGAAUAGAAUGGACAGAAAAAGAAAAUUAUUAGAUGAAGGACAAGGAAAAGACGAUGUUGUCAAAGAAUUUAAACUGAAUGAUUUUUAGAACUAAAAAUUGAUUAUAAAAUAUAAAUAUUAAUUACCAGUAACCACUAGAGUAAGAUUUGCAUUAUUCCACACAAAUUUUCAAAAAAUAAUUUCCAUGCUGUCAGCUUGACUCUUCAUGAAAUUGUAAGAAAUGUAAAUCAUUUAGUUUUUAACUUACACAGAGACUAUACCAUAAAUUUAAAAUAUGAUCUAUUAAGACUGUUUGAAAGAAAUAUGUAGAUUCAUCAUUAUUAAAACCAUUCUGAACACUA